AUGAAGGUUGAUGAAACACUAUUUAGAAGAGUAUGGAAUAACAUAGUGCUAAGAAGAUUGAUAUGUUCAAAGAUUAAAGAUUAUCUAUCAGAAGAUGAUCGGGUAGUUCUGAUCAGCUCUAGUGCUGCAAAGACUAUAAAAAUGUACAUGGAAGAUCCAUUACAAUUCAUUAAAAGCAAAGGCAAUAACAAUAACAUAGUGUCAAUCUUUUAUUGUGAGUUUCUCACAGUCGAUCUCUUUAAAUCUCAUUAUGAUACCUAUUGCAAGGAUAUACCUGUUGCGUCAGUAAUAGAUGCCAUAUCAUACAACAGACGAAACUAUAGAGACAUAUGGCUGUAUUGUAGGGCGUUUGAUUUCUUGAAAGAAAGAGGGUUGCGACCCGAAUCAAUCCAAUCAGUUUCAAACAUCUAUACUUGGCAACACGUAAUCAAAUCAAAUAACGUAGAGUUUUACAACUAUGCCAAGUCGGUGUUUCCAAUGCUCGACAGAAACCAUUACAAAAAUGAGUUGGUUCCACGAGCAGCCAAACCACAAAAGGAUUAUUGGGGUCAUAUACAGCCGAUGACUGGCACUGAUUUGUUGGCUCAACUACUCGACGAUCUCAUCGACUUUGACCCAACAGAGAAUUGGCUAGAAUGUGUAGAUUUCUCAUAUUUGGCAAAGAAUGGAAUAGCAGAUAUUAUCGAGACAAUACAUAUGCAUGCAGGUUCAUGUAUCCCAAUGCUUGCAAAACCUAUAUCUAAAUAUCACUUUGACCGUCAACUCAAUGAACAUACUAUGACGGUGGCCAUUCAAAACAAACAAAUCAACUCUAUUAGGUGUCUCCACAAAGUCUGCAAGAUUCCAUUGAGUUAUGCCACUCUACUGCUAGUAGCUCGUACUCGUGACCUCUCAUUCAUCAUUGCACUCCACAAUAUCGAGCCAGAGGCUGGUCGUCUAUACACUAUCUUUCUUAUUGUUAUUAGCUCCACAUUCAACGCAUACUUUCGUUCAGAUGAUCCCCAAUGCAACAACUUUAGAAAAGAAUUCAUUGAUCAUGUCAAACCUCUUAAUUUCAUUAAUAAGACAAUGGAACAACAAAUCAACACCAAUCUUGCUAUUGGCAAGUGGCCAAGGAUUAAAUACCAACCAAGAAAUGCUCAACACCAUUUUACAAUGUUUCAACAAUCUGGUGCAGACACCAACAUACCAUCAUUAUCAUUUGAUUAA